GCUAGAAGACAUCUGUCAACCAGCAUUCGGCAUUUCAUUGUUUACAUUUUUCUAGCGCCAGAUUCGCCUGAAAAUCAGUUUUAAUAGAUUUGUGAUUAAUUCUAAUUCAUAAAAUCCUUAUAAAAAUGUCGAUAGGCUCUGUGUACGAGACUGCAUAUAGAGGAGACUUUAAUCAAGUUAAAGUAAAAGUUGAUCAAGACAGCACUUUAGUAAAAACACCGGACUCUAACCAACGGCUUCUAAUACACUGGGCUGCACUUGGAGGAAAUGAAAACUUAGUGGACUUUUUGAUUGACUUGGGAAGCCCUGUCGAUCCAUUAGAUGACACUAAUUCAACACCUUUAAUAUUGGCUUCAUCAGCGGGAAGAAUCGAAGUUGUAAAACUAUUACUUGGCAAAGGAGCUGAUGUUAAUAAGAAAACAACUCGGGGCCAGUCUUCAUUACAUUAUUCAUGCUCUAAAGGUCAUUUAGAGGUGACUAAACUUCUGAUAAACUAUGAUGCAAACAUUAAUGAGACAGAUGUCCUAAAUGCAACACCUCUACAUCGAGCUGCUGCUCAAGGCAGGAAUAAUAUAGUUGAGCUACUUCUGGCGACACCUAAUAUUAUAGUUGAUAUUUGUGAUUCUACAGGUUCAACACCACUACAUGUUGCUUGUGAAGAAGAUAGAGAAGCUGUUUCCUGCAUGUUAGUGAAGGCUGGAGCAAGUUUGGAUGUAUCCAACAAAGAUAAAAAGACACCUCUGGAUUUGAGUUCUGUCAAAUUAAAGAAAACAUUGACUGCCUUAUUACAAUAAAUACAUAUGUACAUAUUUUAAUCUAAAAGUUCAGUAAACUCUAAUUAAAGAAUUAUUCUUUUAAAACAAUAACUGCUUAACUUGUA